UCUGUGCCGUUUCACGAGGAAGCACACAGCCCAUGAGUGAGAUGCAUUGGGAGCUGCAGCAAAGCAACCACACUGAGAGUACCUGGUCGCAUGUGUGGCUGGAUGACGGAUGCAAGACAGGAAACGAGAGAAACAGUGAGACAGAACCAGAAACGGCACAGACUACUUUGUCAUCCUGAGCACUUACAACAACAGUAGUAAAUGAGAAGGGAAGCAGGCAAGGUCUUCUAUGAAGGUAUUUGAAUUUGAAUUUUAUUUGAUGUGUCCUUAACAGGAGAGACAAAGCUUGAGUCUCACACCCUAAAAAUCUGAAAUGGGUACUGAGGAGAAAGAUUUGGAGCCUGCAGCUCAACAACCACCAGAGGAACAGGGAUCACCCGACAAGGAAAAGGAAUCUUCUGUGGAGCCUCCUCAAGGACAAACAUCUGAGACCACCGACCCCCUCAACACGUACAAAUGGCAUACCGGCUCCAAGGGAACGCUCAAUGAACUGAAAGAAGAAGAAGAAGGUGGAGCAGUUUCUUCCACAUCUACAGUUGAAAAGUUUCAGAAGGCCUCCACCAACAAAUGGAGCAAGAUGCAAAACUGGCGCAAGGCUCUGAGCGAGGACCCCGGGGACAAAAAUUCGUCCAGCGGGAAAGGUGGGGAGGGAGCCAAGCUGGAUAAAAGCACCGGAGGGACCAGAAAGAACCCCUUCAGGAGGGCCCUGUCCGAGCCUCCCGGGUCACUGUUUGCGGCUCUGUCCACCUCCUCCAGCCCUGCAAGGCCUGCUCAGGCAGCUUCACCAUCAGCUGCUGCAGAGGCCUCAGGGGUCUCCUCAGCAGACGCCUCACAGAAAGGAGGUGGAGGGGCACUCUUAAAAAAGUACCUGAGGACUGUGUCCCAGAAGCUCAAAAGGCCCAGGCUGCAGAGUCGGAGCAGCACCCCGAACUUACUGCCAGCAGAUGUUGGUGAACUGGCAUCAGGUGUACCCACCAGUUGUACCCUCCCAAGACUACAGUGGGCCCCGCCUCAGGAGGUCCCCUUAUGGGACAUUAGCAACUGUAUCCUUGAAGAUGGACAGAUUCUCAUUUCUCCAGAGGAAGAGCCUACGAUGUGGACCCGAAACCGUGUCAGCAGUUGCCUGUCCAACCUCAGCAUGCAGAACCUCGUAGAUAUCGACGCAGAAUGUAGCCCUGACCACAUGGGCCUACAGGGUGGCCCUCGACCAAAGAGCCAAGAUGGCGGUGUAAGGGCACUGAUCAAGCGACGUCUCGAGAACAGAGCCAAGAGGAAUAGCAACACCCAGCUGAACCCAACAGGACUGAUCAAAGGAAGCAGGCACUAUGGAUCCCGGGAAUCUGUGUCAAUUCCAGUCAGUGCAGUGGGGAGUCUAGACCUGAGUGCAGACACCAGCACUGUCAUCAGGCCAGUCCACAGCUCCAUCUUAGGGGAGAAGUACUGCUUUGAGGUGAUAAACUCUGAGAACACCCACUGCUUUGGCUGCUCCUCAGCUGCCGAACGUGACCGUUGGAUUGAAGACCUGAGACGGGCUGCGCAGCCCAAUAAAGAUAACAUUGAGCGCACAGAGAACUCCCUGAGUCUAUGGGUGAAUGAAGCCAAGGAUCUGCCACCCAAACGGUGUUAUUACUGUGAGGUACACCUGGAUGGGACCCUGUUCGCCCGCACCAGCAGCCGAGCUGUCGGCAAGCCGUCUAACCGCUCCAGCCUGGCAGGGGACAGCUCUACUGGGCCUUCUGGAGGUGCCGGGAGCGGAGGUGCGGCUGGAGGAUGUCAGUUAUUCUGGGGUGAAUUCUUUGAGCUAGACAACCUGCCCUGUGUCUCCCAAAUCACCCUGCACCUCUUCCGUGAGGAAGACCCCAAGAAAAAGCGUCACUCCCGAGAUGAGUCCAGCCUGCACCCACUUGGCAGCGUGGCCAUACCUCUAAAUGAGAUCAGGGGGAGGACCUAUCAGGAGAAGUGGUAUCCCAUCACUCCAUACAAGGCCUCAAGCACAGCGGGUAACAAAGAACUGCUGGGGACACAGGCUUCACUCCGCAUCAAAGCCCGUUUCCAGAAUUUGCAAGUGUUGCCCAUGGAGAAAUACAAAGAAUUUGCCGAGUACGUGACGGUGGAUUAUGUGGAAAUGUGCAGAAACCUGGAGCCACUUCUGAAUGUAAAGGAGAAGGAAGAGCUGGCAGGAGCCCUGGUCCAUGUACUGCAGAGUAUUGGCAAAGCCAAGGAGUUCCUCAUUGAUUUGGGCAGUGCAGAGGUGGAGCGUCUUGGAGAGAGGGAGGCGCUGAUCUUCAGAGAGAACACACUGGCCACUAAAGCCAUAGAUGAUUAUAUGAAGCUGGUUGGCCAAAAGUACCUCAUUGACACACUAGGGGACUUUAUCCAUCGUCUUUACGCUUCGUUGGAGAACUGUGAAGUUGACCCUCGUAAAUGUCCUGCGACUGAACUGUCAAACAAUCAGAAGCACUUGAUGGAAGCGUGUGAGGAGGUGGUGCAAAAGAUUAUUAAGAUCCACGGACCCUUUCCCGAAGAGUUAAACAAGAUCUUUUCCAGCUGGGUGGAGCUGUGUGAAGACCAGGGCAGACCUGAGAUUGGCCAGCGUCUCAUCUCAGCUUCGCUCUUCCUUCGCUUCUUAUGUCCUGCAAUCCUCAGUCCUUCUCUUUUUGGUCUGACACAGCCUUAUCCAGAGCCAAACACCCUGCGUACCCUCACCUUAACUGCUAAAGUCAUCCAGAAUCUGGCCAACUUCACCCUGUUUGGAGAGAAGGAGGAAUAUAUGCUCUUCAUGAACGAAUUCCUGGAGCAGCACUGGGAUGGAAUGAGGAACUUCCUACAAAUGGUGUCCAAUUUAGACACCGAAAUCCCAAUGACUUCCUUCGAUGGCUAUGUAGACCUGCCACUACGAUUGGCUGUGCUGCAUGGCCUGCUGGUAGACAUCAUCUAUCAGAGGACCCAGGACACAAUCGACAAGCUGCAUCCUCUGCCUUCGAUUCUGAACCAGAUAACCGAAUCUCUGGGCCCUGAAGCACCUCGGAUCAUAGUUAACAGCCAAACAGGACAAGCCAAGCCAGUUUAUGUUCUUCCUAAAGACUUGGGCAAGUACAGCCCUCACCAAUCAUCUCUUCAGCAGCUUCCUGUGGACUCCAAAAACCUACGAGAUGGGGAUGUCAGGACUCGGAGGAGUAUGAGAGAGAGGAAGCCAGUAACUAGAACUCAGAGUGCUCCACACAGACGUCCUGGUCACCCAAAACAUACCUUGAAGAGGCAGACAAGUUCUGAAACCCUGCCAACAGCUGACCACGAACAAGAGAUCAAGGCCAACGAGCUACUCAUCUCAUCACCGAAAACCAGUGCCAGUAUCAAACGUACACCUGCACCAGUUCCCUGGAUCAAACCCAGCCACAACAGGGAGUCAAGUGAGGUGAAGACUGAGAAUGAGGAGUUCAGCUUGCUGGAUAAGCAUGCUCAAGAGCUAUCAGAGCUUCGUCUGGGAAUAGAGCAGGUGACGGAGCGUGAGCUGGACAUGGCAAAGCGCCUGGAGGACUUCAUUAUCCAAAGCCAGGACCAGAAUGCAAUGCUGCAGGCUGAGGUGAACAAGCUGCAGAAUCUGCUGGCUGUUCGAGACGAGCAGCUCGCCAGUGCCACCUUCAGGCUGGGUGUGAUUGAGGAGGAGCGGGAGGAAGAUGAGAGGAAGCUAAGUGUUGCCAUUGCAGCAGCAGAGCGAAUGAACGUACUGGAGGAGCAGUUUGCAGGCCUGCUGAAGGACCUUCACCAGCUCAGUGAGGCCUACAAUAGUGACCAAAACAACAUCCAGCAUCCCGCAAAGCCACACAUCAACAGCAACUGAACCCUAAUUUUCAGGCUGCAGUGUCACAGUUUCGUGUAAAUACAUACAUAGAGUUCAUGUGGCAACGACUGCCUGAAUUCACGAUUAAGGUUUCCUGAUCAGUUGUAUGCUUAUUUUAUGAACAUAUUCAAAAUGGAUGUGAGUGGUCAAACUCUGCCUGAGGUGAACUUGAAAUCAAAAGGAUUUGCCUGCAUUUCAGCUUUUAUUGUAUCUCAGCUACAGAAGUGUUUUACAUGUAAACGUCACUGAUAAAUAAAAGAACUGCACCUCUCAGCGCAUUCUGCAGUGGGUCA